AUGGCUAGGUGGCUCCUCUCUUUCGUCGCUGGAAGCGCCCUCGCGGCUGCUUCUGGCCUUCCCCUGAAGCUCGAGACUCGCAGCGCAGUUACUUCCCGCGUGUCCAACAUCCACCUGACGAUCGAAGAGCCCGUCGAUGGUUCCGUCACCUUCACCUACGGAUCCUGCCGCGGCGUCUCCCUCGACGAUGCGCACCACACCAUCGUCAAGUCCGAGAUCCGCGAUUCCCAGCGUCUUGUCUGGGUUCUCCCCGAGGACGCCCACUCCGACGGCUGCAUCUCCGCAUGGAGUGUCUCUGGCUCUUUGGUCGGCCGCAGUGAGCCCCAGACCCUCCACCACAGCUGGAAGCGUCGGGCUGAGAAGAGAUCCAUCCACAUGAGCAACGAGACCGGCUUCGACACGCUCGGAGCCUGGUUUGAGGGUGUCAACAUCCUCAAGGACAAGGAGCCCGCCGCUGUCGACGUCGAUGCUGCCAAGUCCAAGCAGGUCGCCAUUGUCGGCGCCGGCAUGGCAGGUCUCAUGAGCUACCUCGUUCUCUCCCAGGCCGGCAUGACCAACAUCAGCAUCAUCGAGGCUGGCCAGCGUCUCGGUGGUCGCGUGCACACCGAGUACCUCAGCGGCGGUCCUUUCGACUACUCCUACCAGGAGAUGGGUCCCAUGCGUUUCCCUGAGCACUACGUCGACCCCAAGUCCAACACCACCUACAACAUCUCGGACCACCAGCUCGUCUUCCAGCUCGCCGCCGAGAUGAACGAGCUCAACAACCACGACAAGAACCUCAGCGUCGAUUUCAUCAACUGGGUCCAGACCAACAGCAACGGUCUGUCCUACAAGAACGGCAUCAAGCUCCCCAACGGCUUGCCCCCUACCCUCGCCCAGAUCGCCGCCAACUCUUCGCUGGCUGUCAGCAAGGUCUACGACGAUGGCACCAACGCUCUCUCCGCCGAGGUCGACAAGUACCUGCCUGGUUCUGACUUUUCCGUCGCCAUGGCGAAGAACAUGUACAAGGCCCACGGCGAUUGGGUCCGCAACGGUCUCAACGGCCUCGGCGGCGACUCCUGGUCCGAGUAUGCCUUCAUGGUGAACUACCUGAAGGGCUCCCUCAACUCCACCGACGCUCUCGGCAUGUACUCUGCUACCUCUUUCUGGGACACUCUCUACGAGGGCAUGUACUUCGAGGCCGCGACCUACAAGACCAUUGACGGUGGUCUCAGCCGUCUCCCCCUUUCCUUCCACCCCCUCGUUGACGACGUCACCACCAUGAACCGCAAGAUCGAGCGCGUCCAAUUCGACUCCGAGAACUCCAAGGUCAACCUGCAGUGGCGCAACAACUUCACCGAGCAGACCUUCCAGAACUCUUCCUACGACUACGCCCUCAUGGCCGUCCCCUUCUCCAUCAUCAAGAGGUGGCGCAUGCCCUCUCUGCCCCUGACUAUCUCCAACGCCAUCCAGGAGCUCAACUACGGCAGUGCCUGCAAGGUUGCUCUCGAGUUCUCCGAGCGCUUCUGGGAGCACUACGAAAACCCCAUCGUCGGCGGCUGCAGCACGACCUCUGACAUCCCCGGCAUUGGCUCCACCUGCUACCCUUCCUACAACAUCAACGGCACCGGCAAGGCGACCAUGCUCGCGUCCUACAUCUCUGGCGACUGGGGUCACCGCUUGGCUUCCCUCCCCGAGGCGGAGCACGUGCAGUUCGUCCUCGACGCCAUGGUUGAGAUCCACGGCGAGAACACCCGUGAGCUGUACACCGGCAAGUACAACCGCCGCUGCUGGGUCCUUGACCCUCUCCAGAGCGGUAGCUGGGCUAGCCCUCUUGCUGGCCAGCACCAGCUUUACAUCCCCGAGUACUUCAAGACCUAUGACAACAUGAUCUUCAUUGGCGAGCACACCUCCUACACGCACGCCUGGAUCUCCUCCGCUCUCGAGUCCGGCAUUCGCGGCUCAGUGCAGCUGCUCCUCGAGCUCGGUCUCGUUGAUGAGGCCAAGGCUGCCGUCAACAAGUGGAUGGCUAGAUGGAUCGAUAUUGUAAGUUAA